UUUUCUUAAUUGGGUUAGGGUUAGUGUUCAACAGUAACACACACAGCGUAGAUGGGUCACAGUGCAUGUAUAACAAAUUAAACACACACUUCCGUUUACAUUAGCCCCUGUCAUCCGGAAGGGUGGUACCUGUUCAACUUCUGCAAAUACGUCUUCUGUCGUCUCAUGCCUGUAAAAAACAACAACAUGGAUAUGAGAGUCCUCCUGGAGAGCCGUGAUCAGUCGGUCCUCGGCCGUUUGAUCUGCUGGAGCUGAAAGGACGUACCGACGCAGAUCUAAACCUCACCUGAUCUGUAUGCGCCCGUCAGGUAGACGCUGAACCGAGCCCGAUUCACCGUGUGGACACUUUUCAGUGCAGCUGACCAAAAGAACAGUGUUCACCAUUACUACUUCCUCCGACCCCCUCGUUUUCCAGCACCAUGAGUGGUCAACCACGGAGGAUCCGUCUGAAGCCAUGGCUGCUGGCACAGAUUAACAGUGGGAAAUACCCCGGACUGCACUGGCUCAAUCAAGAGCGCAGACUGUUCCGGAUCCCAUGGAGACAUGCCACCCGCCAUAUGCCUACCCUGGAGGAGGAGAACACUAUAUUUAAGGCUUGGGCUCUCGAAACAGGCAAGUAUCAGGAAGGAGUAGAUGAGCCAGAUCCAGCAAAAUGGAAGGCCAACCUCCGCUGUGCCCUAAACAAAAGCCGAGAGUUCGGACUCCACUACGAUGGGACUAAGGACACCCCCGUCCAGCCUUAUAAGAUCUAUGAGGUGUGCGACCAGUCAGUCAAUGGAGAUGCCGGAGACUAUGAGGAAGAGGAGCUGCAAAACUUUGUCAAACUCUCCAUUGACCCUUCCAGCUACCCAGCAUACCCUCCUAGAGUAGACGUUCCGUUCACCUCUCCUAUUGCCGAUGGCUAUAAUCCCACCCACCAUAACCCUCCAAUGAACCUCUUAAGAGAUGUUGUCCAUAAUAACCCCAGUGGAGGUGCUUCUAUGACCUCUCACCUUGCCCAGCCCAGCACCGGACCUUCGGCUAGUUCUUUGACUGAAUUUCCCAGUCACAGUGCAAUCAAAGUUGAGCAGGCACCAUAUCCCUGUGGGGGACUUCUGAACGGUCUGGGAAUGGGGACUGGAGUCAUACCGCCUCCUCUUCUUCAAGAUGUAGUCACUCAUUCUGUAGGCCCUCCAGCCAUGGUGGACAGCCCAAUGCAAGAGGUGCCAGUUCAAGCGGAGAACCAGGUUCAUCCCUGCAUCUCAGAGUUGCUGAGCAGUCCGCACAUGUUGCCCUUAACGGAUCUAGAUAUCAAGUUCCAGUACAGGGGUCGGACAGCUGAUUCUUUGACUGUCAGUAACCCUCAGGGUUGUAGACUUUACUACGGUAAUCUGGCGCCCUCACCAGAGCAAGUAGAGCUGUUUGGUCCGGUAACACUGCAGCAGGUGCUGUUCCCAGGAACCGCUGAGAUCCAGAAUGAGAAGCAGAGGUUCUAUACUGAUCAUCUGCUGGAUGUGAUGGACCGAGGGCUGAUUUUGGAGAUCAGGGGACAAGAUAUCUACGCCAUCAGGCUGUGCCAGUGUAAAGUGUUCUGGUCUGGGCCAGGUGUGCCCGAGCAGGGUCCGCCCAAUCCAAUGGAAAGAGAAAUGAAGAUCAGGGUCUUCAGUCUGAACAACUUCCUCCAGGGUCUCAUUUUGUAUCAGAAAGGAGAGGCGCCCACUCCACCACCCUUUGAGAUCUACUUUUGCUUCGGUGAGGACUGGCCAGACAGAAAGCCCAAGGAGAAAAAGCUCAUCAUUGUCCAGAUUGUUCCAGUUGUUGCAAGAAUCCUUACAGAGAUGUUUUCAGGCGAGCUUUCGUGGUCCACAGACAGCAUUCGGUUGCAGAUCUCCAACCCUGACCUGAAAGACCAAACGGUGGAGCAGUUCAAAGAGCUCCACAGACUGUUGCAAAGUCAAAACGCGCACCUCGCCUGGGCUCAAAACAUCCACUAACUGAAAGAGGAGCCCAUUUUUUCAUCAGCAACACCAUCUUGUUCAUUGCCUGCUCAGAAUUGGAGGUCCUGUGGAACACUGGAAUAUAUAGGUGCCCUCACUGAUGCCAUACUGAAAACAUUUCCAUUGGAGACCAAACUUGACAUUUCUUUUCCCACAUUUUUUUGUCUUCAUGUAAACUUGUCUUUUAAAAUGUUAUAUUUCAAUAAAUACCAGUGCAGUAUUUUAAAUGAUUGCUGACAUGAUCAGGUUACCACAGUAUGAUUCAUCCCAUGAACGUUUGAGCAACCUUAGUACAACGCCGACCCUGUAAAACCCUGAAAUAAGCUAUCACUCAUAGAUUUAAGACUCAUAUUUAAUGCAAGUUCUUUGCAAACAUUACAAGAGCAGGUGGAUAAUAUCUGCUGACCUCAUCUGAUAGGGUCCCUGCCAGUAACACGAAUCUGUGAACUUGAACGGAUAUGACCAUGUACUUGACUACAUAAAGUUCAUUCAGCAAAUUGGAUGUGGGAGGGGUGGCCUGAGGGUUUACUUGAGCAAUUAAGAGAAUCACAUGAUUGUAGGGCCUUCGGAAAACUCAGACAAUAGAGGAGGGUUCGAUAUACUCUGACUCAGAAAACGAGACCUAAAGGACCCAUGUAACUUUCUUAAAAUGAAACCUGGUCAAACAGGUUCCGAGAGCUGCAAGAGAAUGUAAAUCACUUCUCAAACACACGAGUGCAUCUGAAAUGAUACGAGACAAAAGAUUAGUUUGUUCCUCACAAUGUUGGUUUUAUUUGUUCACACAAUCGGCCGAAGACGAUCUCUGCAUCUCGAGAUGUGCCAAUAGGGUGAGAAAACAAAAAAAAAAA